CGUUUUCAAAUUAAUCUGCACCGUUAAAAUUUUAUCCAAAACGCUGACGCUUUGAUAUUUAGUACCAAUCAUAACACAUGCUGGCCUACAUUACACACCAAGCAAACGAUUCAACAAAAAGAAUUCCGCCCCAUCCACCCACCCCACUCCGAAAGGCUCCCGCCGGAAUGGCCGCUGACCACCAUCACUACCACCCCUGUUUCUGCCGUUCCUCCACCGCCGUCGUGCCUCUAGCUCCAUGUAUCUGCUACUCCGUUGACCCCGCUUGCUAUCACCCUCCGCAUCCGCCGCCAGCCCUACAUUCUAUACCCCCUUGCUUUCCCGAUCCCCAACAACCCCACUUGUUCGGUCCUUGCUCAAAUUCUCCUCACAGCUCCCAAACCCUACUCCACCACAACCACCACCACCGGCAGACCCAAUGCUGCCCGCCUCAGCAUUUCCUUCAAGAGCUCCACCAUCUCCGCGAAGCGCAACCCCAACCAGUCGUUUCCUCCCUCCUCCGCCGCAUCGCCUCUCUGGAGUCUUCCCUCCGCCGCCGCUCCCUCAAUUCCCACUCCCUCCGGGAUACAGCUGCUCGUACCAUCCAGACUCAAUUCAGAGCUUUCCUUGUUCGCAGAUCGAAAACCCUACGUCACCUCAAGGAGCUCGCUUCUAUCAAGUCAGCCCUAAACAUUCUGAAAUCGUCAGCUUCCAGUUGUGAUCCCCAAGCUCUCUCUCACAAGGCCAAUCGCCUGCUUCUUAGACUUGAUUCCAUCCAGGGAAGCGAUCCAAUGAUCCAAGAUGGGAAAAAAUCAAUUAGCAGAGAAUUGGUCAAGUUCAUGGAGUUAAUUGAUGAGACUUGUGUAGAAAAUUACAGUCAUCCAAGUAGAAUAGUGAAGAUUGUUAAGCAUGGAAGUAGUAGUAGUAGUACGUAUAACGAUUCUAGGGUUCAGAUGCUUCAUGAAAUGGACAAAAUGGAGAGCAUCAUGAAUAAGUAUAUCGAGUUGAGGAAAUCUGUAGAAGACGAGGAUGAGCAUUUUGAAAGCCCUAGAGAUUUUGUAAUCAAGAAGUCUGGGAUUCUGCAAACCAGAAAUGGUGGUUUGGGUAAGAGGCAUGGUGAGGUUCAAUCCAAAGUAAACAAAGUUGUGACCUUUGCUGAGGACGGCAAUGCCAGGAACCUAAAACCCAUUUCCAGCAGGGAAUCACAUAGAACAGUCGAUUCCAAUGGUGAUGUUGUGGAUAACCUUUGCAGGAGAGUUGAAGAUCUUGGCGUGGCAUUGAAGGAGGUCGAGGUUGAUGAUGAAGAAGUUCAGGGGAGCAGUGAUGGCGAGACUGAACCAAAUCACAGCUCCAUAAAAGAAGGUAACUUUGAGAGGAAGAAGGUUGAUCACUGUGAAAAGGGGAGUUUCUUCUUCUCCCCAUUUACCCGUGAAGCUUGAAGUGUUGAUUUUGCUGAUUAUUUCAUGUGAUUUCGCGACUGCUCCAUUGACGAUUAGGCUGUGAUAGAGCUAGAUGAAGUAGGAAGAGGGUGAUGGAGAGGGUAUUUUGAAUUUGUAUUGAGACCUUGUUUCUUUUCUUUGAUGCGGUUUGUCAAUGUUGUUUAUGGUGGGGAUUUGAGAAUGUGUUCCCCUAUUGUAGAGGGGGGGGGGGAACUCUUGUAUGUGCUUUUAUUGUUAUUUUUUCACUAAUAAUAAUUGAGAAGAGAUUUU